UAAAGCCUGACGAACUCGCCAUUACAAAACGCUAAGGAGCCACAGAAGCUGCAGGAAAUGUUGUAAAUGUUUUUAUUUUUCUAAUAUAUAUAUAUUUUUACUAGCUACUAGGGAAGUUGGUUUAGUUUUUGAAUCUACCUCGCCUGCAUCACCAACUGAAAUGGACGCAGACACAGAAGAAAAUGUGACCGAAACUUCAAGGAUUUCCAAGGAUGAACCUCAGAAAACCUUAGUGGACAACACAUUUAGGGGUCGUGGGUUUAGAAGCCGCGGUCAAGGGGGUCUGAUGAGUCGAGGCGGCAUGCGUGGUGGGCGGGGCAUGAUAAAAGGGUUUGGUCCACCUGGAUACGGGAGAGGUCGAGGGAGAGAAGGAGCCAUGAACGGAUUUGCACCCAUGAGAGGAAUGAGGAGGAUGCGUCCUUACCCAGACAUGAGAGGUCACCGAGGUAGGGGUGGACCAAUGGGCAUGGGCCCUCCUCCUCCUCCCCCUCCCAUGCACCUCAGAGGCCCUUUUCCACCCAUGCACAGGCACGGACCCCGUCCCCCCCCUCCUCCAGGUCACCCUGCUUUCAGAGGGCCUCCUCCACACCCUCGAGGCUGCGGCAUGCCCCCCCCUGGACCUCCACGCCACUUUCACCCCCGAGGCCCAAGAGGCUACCACAAUGGACCAGUCUCUCCUCCUCCUCACCGCCCACCUGGCAGAGGCCAGAGGUGGCCAGGGCCCCCUGGUGGCCGACACUUUUAACACAGCCUGCCCUAAAAACAAUAACCAAACACUUGUUAAUGCAGAAGGGGCCCAAAGUGGUGCAGUAAACGCCCCAUGAUUAUGUGUUACACUAAGUUUCUGAGUAUCUUCAUGACAUACUCUGUGGCCAAAUGUCUGCAUAAUGGUAUUAUCUACUGGCAAAGAAUUUAUGUGAAAAUGACUAAUAACAACAUAAAAUGCCUCACAACUUUUACAAUGUAAAGGCAUUGUAUUAUCUAUGUUACAGAAAUACUGUUGGUACUGUAGGAAGUAUUUGACAUUGUCAAGAAAAAGCUAAACAAGUUUGAAACCCCUGUUCUGAAAGGGAAGAAAACAUAUUGUUCAAGUUCUUUAAAUGUGCUGUGGUUCUUGCCUUAAGAAGCUUUCCUGAUCCAUAAUAAAGAAUACAAAAACAGGGUGCAAUGUAUAUUUGAAUAUGGGGUAAGUUGGGUGAAAAGGAGUGCACAGCAUCCCUCGAGCACCACUGUAAACUAGCUUAGUACAACUUGGACCUCUUAAACCUUACCUAUUGUUACAUGGAAAUAGUUAAGUAUUAUAACUUUACUAAGUAGUGGUGUGAAUUUUGUUUAACACUUCCACAAUUUUCAAGUGAACAGACACUUGUCAAGUAUUCAUGAGUAUUUUAUUUUAUAUUGUAUAUCAUUAAUGUGCAGCUAUUUUGAGUCACCAGUAUUGCUGUUUAAACAUUCAUGUUUGUCUACAGCAAACUAUCUUGUAAUGACAAAGCGGAAAAAACAUUACAAAUUAAUAGUAUAUUGAAAAUAGAUUUCUAGUAGAUUUUAUAAAGACAAUUCCGUUAGUAUUUGGUUCAUUUAAGGACAAGUUACUCUUGACUGUGUUUUUGAAGUGUUUAUAAUUACUCUCUUAACUGUAAUUUACCUAACUUUUGUGAACCUGUGAUUGUGUUUUAAUGAAAACCGUCAAGACAUGACGUAGUCGUGGAAAAACAAAUAAAAAUAAAAAUAAACCCAA